AUGCCUCCGAUUCCUAGCCGGGCGAGGGUCUACGCCGAGAUUAAUCCAUCGAGACCUCGCGAGUACUGGGACUAUGAGGCUCACAUGAUAGAAUGGGGUCAAAUUGAUGAUUAUCAGCUGGUUCGCAAGUUGGGACGCGGAAAGUAUUCGGAGGUAUUCGAAGGGUUCAAGAUGAGCACUGACGAAAAAGUUGUUGUCAAAAUUCUCAAGCCAGUGAAAAAGAAGAAGAUCAAGCGUGAGAUCAAAAUUCUGGAAAAUUUGCGAGGUGGAACUAAUAUCAUUACUCUGCUCGAUGUUGUGAAAGAUCCCAUCUCUAGGACCCCAGCGCUCAUAUUCGAACAUGUCAACAACUCGGACUUCAAGCAGCUUUAUCAGACGCUCAGCGACUUCGACAUUCGCUAUUAUCUCUACGAGCUUUUAAAGGCUCUUGACUUUUGCCACUCUCAAGGAAUUAUGCACAGAGACGUGAAACCGCACAAUGUUAUGAUUGAUGCGGAGAAACGGGAACUACGACUGAUAGAUUGGGGAUUGGCCGAAUUCUACCAUCCAAGACAAGAUUACAAUGUCCGUGUCGCUUCAAGAUAUUUCAAAGGACCAGAACUUCUCGUUGACUACCAAUGCUACGAUUAUUCCUUGGAUAUGUGGAGUUUGGGAUGUAUGUUGGCCAGCAUGAUCUUCAGAAAAGAGCCGUUCUUCCAUGGACACGAUAAUUAUGAUCAGCUUGUGCGCAUCGCCAAGGUAUUGGGAACCGACGAGCUUUAUGAGUACAUCGCGAGAUAUCACAUCGAUCUUGAUCCACGUUUCAACGAUAUUCUCGGACAGGCUCUCGAUUUCCUCGACAAACUUCUACGUUACGAUCAUGCUGAACGCUUGACCGCUCAAGAAGCAAUGGCUCACGAAUACUUCCACCCAGUUGUUGAGGCAAGUGGUCGUACCAAUGGCAGUGAUCAAGCUGAUGGACCGGGUGCAUCUAAUUCUGCUUCUUCUCAAUCGUCUGAUGCCAAAAUUGACGGCGCUUAA